GCUCACACUUACUCACACUCAACGAUAAAAUACGAUGGGUUCAUUAUUUAUAGACUUGCGCACUCCCCCCCGGUUAUCUCAGGUCCUGACCUCAACAACCAAGUUCGGCCCUGGUAGCCUUGAAUUCUCAUGAGCAUUACAUCGAUGUUAUAAUAUCGUCCGUAAUACUUACACUUUAUAUUAAUUCAACCUACCACCCACCAGGACUGGACUCUUUCAGUCAUCACCACCACUCCAGGACGUAUACGACUUACGACUACGGUUACUAAUACGUCGACCUGACCACCACCAAUUGGUUUAGAUAACCAAUUCACUUACACCACACAACCACAACCACAGCAACAUGCACGUACUACACGGCUUCGGCCAGCGACGAAAAUCGUCUCGCCGCCCUAGAGAUCUCCAUAUCCGAAAGGUCUCAUUCUCAGGAUCCUCUCUCUCAUCCGGCUGCUCUCUCUCAUCAUCUUCAUCAUCAACUAUCUCCGCAGUAUCAACACCAUCCCUUCAAACACCAACAGCUUCUCGACCCGAAAUCGAUCCUCUCGCCUCACACCCCGCCUUCCACGCACCACCAAGGCUGUAUGAACGACCAUUUAUUCGCAUGGAUGAUGCCGAGCCUGUCUUUUAUGGUACCGACAAUGCAGUGGUCGAUGAGGAGGACUAUGUCGAGCAGGAUGUUGCUGCUCAACAACCAACUGAGAUGGCUCUGCCUCCUCAUGUUAGCCCAAUGGAUGCUGCUGAUGAGGAGGGCAAUGAGCCAAGGGAUUACUUCUUUACAACACUAUCAAAACGACCACCGAUGCCCAAGUCUCGCUGGUCCGAAUCUACUAUCCAGAGUAUCCAGACCUUUGAGGACGAGGAGGAUGACUCCGAAGUCACUCAGUCUGAAGACUCUGAAGAUGAGACCGAUGAUGCUUCAGUCCUUGAGAUGCGUCGUCUAUCACGUCACGCCUCAGCACUGAAGCCUGUCUCUAUUAACACAACUUACACUGCCCGACCUGGCCUGGCACCUAAGCGUCCUCCCAUGCGCUCCCUUGACAGCGUCGACAACUUUAUCCGACGCGGAGGAUGGAAGCGUCGUGGCAUCGUCUUCCACAAGGAUGACCUUGACAACCAGCGAUGCGAGCAGGACCGCAACAGCUUCUAAACUACUAUCACCUUACACCACUCACUCAACAUACCUCUCAUCUUUUGUUUAUUUCAUUCAUGUCAUGAUAUUUCGUCGAUACCCCAUUUCAGCACAUACCAUCUGCUUCUUUUCUUUCUUUGAAUGACAUCUUACGGCUGUUUUAACAUCCUUCGGCCCAUUAUCCGGGCUUGACUUUUUUCUUUCCAUGUCUAUACACAUCAAUGGGGGCCUGGAGUUUUUGUCUAUAUGAGCCUUGGGAAUUUUGGGAAAGCGAUAAAAGCGAUCAUUCUUGGGUUUUGUGGGAUUAGGAAGUAUGGGAUUAUGGGACUUACGGCUUGGAUAUUGUGUUGGACACACAUCUCACAUGGAUCUUUCUACUACAUAUUACUCUACUAUUACUCUCUCCCUGUCCUUGGGCGGCAUUCUUCUUACUCUACCGAACAAUCUACCAUAGGAGUCUCUUAUUGAGGCUGAAUACUACAUUUUGCCGUCUCCAUAUCCUGCAGCCUUGAUUAUCGUGCAUGUCUCACUUUGCCCUGUGAUAUUUUGAUACCGAGCCUAAACAGCAUCCACUUUACAUCUUGGGUCCAGAUUGUGGUCCGAGCAUUGCACUUUCACGCUGCAUUUUCAGCCUCAUGAAUUUCCACAAAUAUUACAAUUCUGACGUGAAAUAUUACUGGAGACGAUGAGAUUUGUUGGCGAGCGGCCUCACCGAAGCCCGGGCCAUGGGAACUGGGGAAAUUCGCAUCAUCAUCGUCAAGUUGUGCACUAAUAAGCGAGACUUUUGGUCGUGCUAGUCUCAACGGUCCCUGAUCCCUGGCAUUCACAACCGCGUUCUUUCUUCCUUUUUCUAC